CAAUAGCUAGUUUCACCAAUUGCGAGUUGUUUUCCUUCUCCGCCUGAAUUCUUCUCGUCUCCGUAGCUGCGUCGUGCGAAAGGACAAGAUACCCGGAAAAUUCCUCCGGGGCCGGGGGGUCGAACAGUCGCCGGUUUGUAAUUUCUCGCAAGUUGUUGUAGUAGGCCUGAACUGCUGGAGUACCAUAUAAGUUUAUCGUACCGAAGACUUUGACUUGGCGAGCCUUCAAGAGAUCGGUUCUCCGUUAUCUCCCCCCACCUUUCCUCCAAGCUCUUCCCCGCAGCUUAGUUUCCUUCUCCCGCAUCGUGUUCUCGAGCUGCUCUUCUUCUUCUUCCUCGGAGCAAGCAGAAUGGUGCGGCUGGGGGCCAUGAGCGCCCACCCGGCCGCCUUGGUCGUCCACGACCUCGGAUUAGCAAGCCCCGGCGCGCUCGUGUUGUUGGCGCUCGUGGCCACGGUGGCCGUGGCAGCCGUGGCCGCCUUCGGGUGCGCCAAAGGAGCGAAGAAGCCGCGCCGGAGCAACAACGACGUGUACUACUACGGGCAAGGGUACCCCCCGCCGCCUCCCGCAGGGGCCUACGGCUACCCGGCGCAGCAGCCCGGCUACGCGUACCCGCCGCCGCCGCCCAACGGCGGGAAGCAGGGGCGCGGCGGGAUGGGCGCCGGCGCCGGGCUCGCGCUCGGCGGCGCGGCCGGGCUGGCCACGGGCGUCAUCGUCGGGUCUGCGCUUAGCGGUGGAGGAGGGUGUGGUGGCGGGUGCGGCGGCGGGUGUGGGGGCGGGUGCGGCGGUGGCUGCGGCGGUUGACGGUGGUGUGUGCGUGAUCUUGUUUAUUGUCGUUGCGUGGUCGCCGGCCGGUGGCCGGCUGUUGUCCGGAAGUGGUUAGGCAUACGUUGUUGGACUUUUGAGAAUUGUGGAUAUUUUACUUACUGUUUUACUAUUUUAGUGCUCCAUUGAUGUACAGUCGCGUCCGAUCUGCAUGUUUGUACAUCUGCUUGGUUUCGCUGCGCGCGUGGCUGUAUUUUGAAGUACUUAUCAUGAUUUGGAAUGGAAGUGCCCCGAUCGUUUCAGUUU